AUUCAUAAUCUGAUAUUUUCCAGUAGAUUAUAAUUUACUAAGAUUCUUUAUGAAAUAUUUGGUAAUUUUUACGAUUUUACUUCAUGUUACUUAUGUGUGUGAUAGUAAAAAGCCAAUAUCAUCUCGUAUUGUUGGAGGAAAAGAAACACUUGAGCAUCAAUAUCCUUGGCAAGCAUUUUUAUUAGUUAGUACGAAUGAUCAAACGUUUCAAUGUUCUGGUAGCUUAUUUGCUAGUCGAUGGAUUUUAACAGCCGCUCAUUGCGUUACCUUUUCUGGAACUACAGUAUCCAAUUUACAAGUGAAAGUUUUUCUCGGUGUACACGACCUUAAUGAUUUGUCGUCACAUGUGCAGCAUGGAAUUCGUAAAAUAACUGUCCAUAAAGAUUAUCGUCACGAUUAUCUAACCAAUGUUGAAUACUAUGAUAUAGCUUUAAUUGAACUAUCUCAAGAAGUAGCUCCUUCAAAAAAAAUUCAAAAUGCUACAUUAUCGGUUAGUGAACCCUCUCCAAAUACAAUCUGCUACGUAAGCGGUUGGGGUAAAACGGGGUUCUCUCCAAACUCAAAUGUACUUCGAAGAGUUUCUGUACCUAUUAUUUCGGAUUCCAAAUGUAGACAAAAAUAUACAGACAGCUGGAUAAAAGGCCAUAUGCUUUGUGCUGGUUAUGAUAAUGGUGGUAAAGAUUCUUGCCAAGGAGAUUCGGGUGGACCUUUACAGUGUAUAAUUAGCGGAUCUACUAAUGUUGUAGGUAUAGUCAGCUGGGGAGCUGGUUGCGCUAAACCUGACAAACCGGGAGUAUAUGCGAGUGUACCUCAUUUUCGCGUAUGGAUAGAAGAAACGAUGAAAGGCUUACUAAGUUCCGCCGGUGGUAAGGAGGAGGAAGGUGAAACAUCUAGUAUAGGUUUAAACACGGCUGCAAAAAUAAUAAUUGGUUUUGUUUUUGGAUCAAUCAUUCUAUCUGUCAUUGUAAUCGGCGCAGUAUUCUUGAUUAAAAAAUACAAGUCAGGAAAACGCCGAGUUGAUCCAUCUAAUACUCAACCACAGCAGCAAUCUCAAUUACCAUCUCAAUAUCAAACUCAGUACCAAAAUGGGUUACAACAUCCACUAGCCUAUACUAAUGAAUCGAUGAAUUUUCAACCUUCACCAUUAUAUCAAAAUCAGAACAAUUUUAAGAGACCUAUUCAACAAGCCAACGCUCCAAAUAACCUAUACCAAACACCACAAUCUCAUCUCUACCCACAUAAUUAA